AUGGGCAGUGCCACCCACCAGCUCAGGCUGCUCAGGGCCCCAUCCAACCUGGUCUUGAAUGUCUUCAGGGAUGGGGCAUUCUCAGCUUCUCUGGGCAGCUGUGUCAGGGCCUCACUGCCCUUUCAUGUCCUUUAUAGGUCAUUCCUUUUGUCUGAAAUGGCUGAGGAGAAUUAUCCUUCGCUAACUGAAGUUGUAAAACAAGUUGCUGAGCAGCAGCAUUUACAGUCAUCAGAGAUAGAAAAAAACAAAACCAUUCUUUUCCAAUCACAGGUUAGAUAUCAGGAACUAGAAAAAAAAAUGGAUUCUAUUAUGUUAGAAAUGAAGACAACAGAAAGGGAAAUAUAUCUGCAAGAUGAUGCCAUAGCGGUGACGAAGUAUCACUGCGAAAGUCUAGAAGCUGAAGUAAGAGCUCUAUAUUCUGAAAAUAUGAAGCUGAGGUUUGAUACAGAAACAAUACAGGAAGAAUAUGAGAUGACAGCUGCAAGAAAUAGUAAAUAUCGGGAAAAAAUAAAAGCUCAUAAAAGUCUCUUUUGGGAGAUGGAAAGUAAAAUGCCCAUUGUGAUUGAGCUUGCUGAAAAGAAAGCUAUUGUUAUAGCGAUGAGAACAAAGAAAGAAGAGUUAAUGAGUGACCUCCAGAAUCCAGAAGGCUCUGCUAUAAAGCAAAUGCAGGAAGAAAUUGCACUUAUAAAACAGGAAAUAGCAUCAGUGAAGGAUUUCAUCAAGAAAAAAACAGAUUUGCUGGAAGAAAUUCAAAAAGCUCAUGCUAAGCUUAGAAAAGAAAUUGAGGUACAGAAUAAAAGAUACGACGCUAUUCUGAAACGUUUGCACUGUCAGCUGAACAAACUGCAUUCAAAUAAAAGACAAUGGCACUGGAACAUUCAGCAGAUAGAGAAAAAGGCAGAAGAACUUAGAAAGUGUCUUGGAGAAGUGGAGUUAUAG